AUGUCUGCUGUCAUGGCAGAGCAAGCGACCGACUUGAGCAAGCAGUAUGACACUCCACUAGGCCUUACUCACUCAACCAUGCAGGUCCUCAAGGACAGGAUCAAACUCCAUUACGACCUUGCUAGCGACUAUUAUCUAAGUUUGUGGGGCGAGCACAUUCACCACGGGUACUGGCCAACGCAGGAAUCUGAAGCUACACAAACAAAGGAGGAAGCUCAGGCGAACCUCAUCCAGCUGCUUCUAGAUAUCUCCAAGCUUCCUCCCGGGAGCUCAGUCCUUGACGUAGGAUGCGGUAUCGGCGGGACUUCGCGCCAUCUUGCAUCCAAGUAUGGUAGCUCUGUGACUGGGAUUACCAUCUCCACAAAGCAAGUUGAAAUGGCGAACCGCUUGACCAAGGCGGCUCUCGAGAAUGAAGCUUCCACGCCUACUGCAUCAGAUGAUGAUGGCUUUAUUAAACUCGGCGAUGGACAAGUCAAAUUCCUCGAACUUGAUGCCGAAAAAAUGGGCGACUUCUUCGAUGACCAACAAGGUUCGUUCGACGCAGUCUGGAUAAGUGAAGCACUCAGUCACUUCCCAAACAAGGCCUUGUUUUUCAAGAACGUGAUGAAAGUCCUCAAGCCUGGAGGCAAGCUGGUUUUGGCGGACUGGUUCAAGGCCGAAAAUCUGGACGACACAACAUUCACCAACGAUAUCAAACCCAUUGAAGAUGGUAUGCUCCUCCCACCUCUCUGUACCCAGCAAGGCUAUCUUGAUUUGGCUGGACAAGCUGGACUUGCCAUGUUCGCCGACCCAAAAGACAUCAGCCAACAAGUUCGAAAGACGUGGGAUAUCACAUGGUCACUCGUACAAAACCCAUCUCUUUGGGCAUUUGCAUUUACCCAAGGUCGUGACGGCAUUGCCUUCUUACAAUCUUUUCGCGCAAUGAGACGGGGAUACGCCACUGGGUCGUUCCGUUACGCCGUCAUGGUUUUCAACAAAGGAAUCGCGUAA